AUGAAGUUGAUUGCCGUCCUCUGUCUUUUAUGGAGCUCGCUCUCGCUUGCUGCAAUCGUGGGCAUCGAUCUUGGCCACCAGUACACAAAGGCCAUAAUGGUGGCCCCGGGCUUGUCCUUUGACAUUGUGGCCACCGACGAAGGGAAGAGAAAAGAUUUGAAUGCCAUUUCGUUGAGGCCGCACGUGGAAAAGGGCGAGUUGAUUGACGCAGACAGAGUGUUUGGCUCAAAGAUUGGCUCCCUUUGCUCGAGGUUUCCGGAAUCCUGUGCUGCCAAUAUCAAGGCUCUUUUGGGUAAGUCAAUCGACGACAAGACAGUAAAUGAGUAUCUUGAACGUCAUCACGGUGUGAAGUUGGCUGCUAAUAAGGUGAGAAACAACAGUGUCAGCUUGAAGUUGGGUGAUGCUGCGAGCUCGUUUGAGUUCCCUGUGGAGGAGCUCAUGGCCAUGACUCUAAACGAAUUGAAGGAUAGAGUGAUUUCGGAAUUGAAAAACCAUCCACAAGCUAAGGCAAUUGCCGAGGACGUUGCUGUUUCCAUCGCUCCUUACGCUUCUCAGGCGGUUAGAAAUGCCUACUUGGAUGCUGUCCAGUUGGCCAACUACUCCACUGUGUUGGGUCUCGUUGACGAGGGCACGGCAGUGGCCAGAGGCUACAUCGCCAGCAGAAAAGUUGCUGAUGAGGAUCUUAACAACCAGACAGUGCACCACGUCAUCUAUGACUCUGGUGCAGGGUCUACUACUGCCACGUUGUUCUCUUAUACCUUGUUUGAAAACCAUACCAUCGCCUUGGACAUCCAAAGCGUUGGUUAUGAUGACUCCUUUGGUGGUGAAUUGUUGACAAAGUCUGUCUACGAUCUUUUGUUCACGAGAUAUUUGGAGGAGUUCAAGUUGCCAAAGAAGCAUUCCUUGUCACCAAAGUUAGCUUCCAGACUUACCGAAGCAGCAGAGAAAGCAAAAAUCAUUUUGUCUGCUAACACAGAAUACAAAGUUCACUUAGAAAACUUUCCAGAUGACAGGGACUUCAAGACUGUCAUCACCAGAGAAGAAUUUGAGAAUGCUAAUGCUGACAUCAAGAAGAGAGUCGCUGACCCCAUUAUUGAGGCAUUGAAGAAUAGUCCCUCUGGUCCUAAAUCAGUAGACGACAUCAAGUCAGUAAUCUUGAAUGGUGGUUCUACAAGAGUACCUUUUGUUCAAAGAGCAUUAUCCGAUUUCUUGGGUACUGAAGAUAAGCUCGCCAAAACUGUGAAUGCAGAUGAGGCUUGUGCUUUGGGAACAACCGUAAGAGGUUACGAGUUGAAGAUGAUUACGUCAAAUCCGUAUAAUAUUUUGUUGACUGACAGAAUCUUCAGUGAUUUCGAAUUGUCUGUUGAUGGUGCACCUUAUGAGCCUAUCUUCCCAAGAGGAUCUCCAGCUUCAUCUACCGUUAAGAAGUCAUUGGGUCCAGUGAGCAAGAAGACUAAGUCUGUUGGCCUUCUUGAAAACGGAAAACUCUUCAAGACAUACUCUCUCGAAAACACUUUGAGCAAGGCAAAGACUCUCAACUGCAAGUUGCCUGAGGUAUUCGGUGUUUUCGAAGUUGAUCAGAACAAGAUUUUUUCCUUGAGCUCUCUUACAGUUGAAUGCCUGAAAGUGGAAGAGGAAGAGACUACGACUUCAGAGGACCCCACAGAAGAAACUUCAUCUAGAGGCGCCAAUGCUACUACUCCUAAGAAAUCAAAGUCACCAGUCAAAGUGUCUCUCAUAGUUCCAGAUGCCAAAUUCUCUACACUUCAUCCCCUUUCCAAGAAUGAGCGCAGAACAAGCGCAGACAGAUUGGCCCAAUUGAAGAAAAAGGACCACGAAAAGGUUAAGUUCGCCGAGACAAAGAACUUGGCAGAGAGUGUGUGUUACGACUUACGCUCAUACUUGGAGGAUCAUCACGAUGACCUUCGUAGUGAAUUGGGUAUUGACAGGGUUGAGAAAUUUGAGACAAUCAUCGGUGAAACCCUCGAAUGGUUAGACUACGAGAGUGAUCAGGCAACUGUGGAACAGCUCAAGGAAAAAUACGAAGAGGUGUCUGAGUACAAGAAAGAGGCAGAGAAUGCCGUCAACAUGCUCACAGCCGAUUUGUCUCUUGAGACAAUAAAAAAAUUGCAUGAGGAAGGUAAGGAAAUAUCUACGAUGGUAGAAACCUACUUGCUUGAGUAUGAGAGCCAACUUAAGGAGGUUAGAAGUAGGUACGAAAAGGCUGGAUUCGACUUUGACGUUGAAGAUGACAAGAUUAUGAAGAAGCUUUAUGGAAGUGGAACCAGUGAGGGCACGAAGUUGGAUGCUCAUUACAAAGAAUUCAAAGAGGCUUUGAAAGCUCUCUCCAAUACCUUGGGCUUGUCAAAGAGUGCAUUCAACAAGAAAAAUAAGAAGGAAUUAUUUGAUGAAGUUGAGAAGGUGAAGGGCUUGAUAAUGAAAAUGAUUGAGGAUGUCUUACCGCUCCAACUGAACCACGAGAAGCGUUUAGAAUAUUUAUUGUCUAAGCUCGAUACGAAGACAAAGCAGAAAGAGCAAAAGGAAGCGAAGAAGAAGGCCAAGGAGGCCGAGGCCUCCAAAAAGGCAGCUGAAACCACGGAAUCUGAAACCUCCGUGACUGAGGCUUCUUCUGAGACCGCAACUACAGAUGUGGAGUCCCAACAAGUCGAUCUGUCUGAGGCGACUAAGGAAGUGCACGAUGAAUUGUAA